AUUGUCUGGCAACAGGUGGUUAUUUGAUCGCAAGCCCCAUAUAAUCACCGUACCGUCCUGCGAAUAAGCACUUCGCCUGCCUCCUAUCCGUCGUUUCUAGCGGUGCACCUGUCAAACGAAGCUCGCCGAGACUGCGCUAUGAUGGCGGGAGCUUGAUAAUCUUUGCUCUCAUAAAACGCGUGUUUCGAUCCCUUAAGGGCAUCAUUAGCUACUUGCCCACGCACGCUUAAGCGAUAAGCUACCCUCAUCGAUAAACACGUAUGUUCGACCAUCCUUCCAGAUUGACUUCCCAUCGAAGCAAGGGGUUGAACAGAUCAAGGAGUCCACAUUCUGCACCCACCCCUGUCGUUCAUGUCACGGUGAGGCGAUCGCCAUCUCCCAAACCAACGGCUAUCAAAACACGCCAAUCGCUAAUACGCAAACAUCCUCCCCCGGCAUCCUCCAGUGCACAUGCAGACCUUCCUCCAUCGGUUCCUUCCUACCGUUUCGUGUACAAUGAGAGGACUGCGCCAGAUGCUCGGCCAGUACAACAUGAUCCUGUAACCUCGCGGCUUCACCGCUUACGGACGCACUCAACUCAAUCUCUUCAGCAGCAUGCAAGAGAAAGUAUAGAGUCAUCGAGAAAUCACAUACACUCACCGUAUAGCGCUGUGCGACGACAGGUCAUUGCGAAGUGUAACUGUGACCCGAGUGAUCAGAUAGAGAUUCCGCAGACAAUCAAAGUGUUGUUCCCACGUACGAGGAAGAAGAAAGCAUUAUGUAUUGGAAUAAACUACAAAAGCCAGGAUAGAGAGCUUCGCGGCUGUGUGAAUGAUGCUUGGAACAUGGCAGAAUUUCUAAAAUCCUCCUGGACUUAUGCGAAAGAGGACAUCAUGGUACUCACAGAUGAGCCAUACAAUCUGAAAUACAUGCCGACGAAACGGAAUAUCCUUAGCGCAUUACGAUGGUUAGUGAAAGAUGCCCAACCUGGAGAUUGCUUAUUCUUCCACUACUCUGGACACGGAGGACGAAUCAUCGACUUGGAUGGUCGCCGUGUGGACGGUCACCGUGUGGAUGGUUUUGAAAAGGCCAUCCAUCCGGUUGACUGGGAGCACGCUGGUGAGAUUGUGACCGAGGACCUAUACGAUGCAAUGGUCAAACCCCUACCUAGUGGUUGCCGCCUUAUUGCAUUGUUUGAUUCAUGUUAUUCUGGAACCGUUCUUGACUUGCCAUACACCUAUCAAAUCAGUGGUCACCCCAAACGGCGUGCUGCGAACUCUCGAGCUCUUACAAGGUACCCGCAAGCUCACGUGGUAUUGUUUGCGAGUUGUAGCGACCUCCAAGGUAGCGGGGGCGUCAUCAUAAGGGGCGGAGAGUUUCUCGGAGCCAUGUCCUCUGCCUUCAUCUCGUCACUCACAACCAACCCAAUCCAGACAUAUCUGCAGGUGCUUGCGUCUGUGCAGGACAUUUUACGUCGGACUCAAAGGCAGACGCCGCAGCUGUCGAGCUCGUAUCCAAUCGAUUCCAGUCAACAAUGCCUCUUAUGAUUUGAAUAUUGUGCUUGUUUCUCCCUCCAUUGUACAUACAACAGGGAAGUUCUGUGGGUAGAAGCCUUGCAAUGCCCCCUUUUCGAAGGCCACAACACGAUCAGCAGAAGUAAUACCUCGUCCAAAUCCUAAUAGAUGUGCUCCCAGACUUCUAGGCAUAUUAAGUCGCCACAUAGAUUUUGAAGAAUAAUAAUCGCUGUAGAUGGGCCUCGAUACUUGUACCAGCAAUAGCCUCAAAAUUUCAAGAAAUUUACAUCAUUCAUUGCUCGCUACG